AUGUCUAUGCUCGACAAGUUCCGCAAAGGCGCACAGAAAGCUGGCAUUCAAGCGACAGCUUUCGCUCACACAACAACGAACAAGUUAGCCAGCGGGUCGAGAGAGUUUGUACAAACAUUCUCAUUACCAGGAGAGGCAGACAAGGCUGCGAAGAUUCUUGAUAGUUUCCUGGCGGAUCCUGAGCGACCAGAGUCGGCGCUUAAUUCUAUCCCGAAGGCUGUCCUCGAAAGAGCUCGAGGUCUCGCCAUCUUCCAAGUCGUCAAAGCAGGCUUCGUCUUCUCCGGUAAAGCAGGUUCUGGCCUUGUCAUCGCUCGGCUCCCAGAUGGAUCCUGGUCCGCCCCGUCGUGCAUCGCGACGGGAGGCGUGGGAUGGGGCCUACAAAUCGGUGCUGAUAUCACCGAUUUUGUGAUCGUGCUCAACAGCGAAGACGCGGUGCGGGCGUUCUCCCUUGGCGGCAAUGUGACGAUUGGGGGCAACAUCAGUGCAACGGCGGGGCCUAUCGGUACAGGAGGCAGCGUGCAGGCGUCCCUCGCCCACCCAGCACCCAUGUUCUCGUAUUCGAAGUCGAAGGGCCUAUUUGCUGGUGUCUCUUUGGAAGGAACAGUCUUGAUCGAGAGGAAAGAUGCUAACCGUGAUUUCUACGGAUCGCCUGUGCCAGCGAAAGAUAUUCUGGGCGGUCGCGUACCUCCUCCCGAAGUUGCCUCAAGACUGUACGAGAUCAUCGAGGCGGCCGAGGGGCUUGACGAGACUGGUCUGCCCGAUGCAGCAUACGUACCAUCAAGCCAAACAGUGUUUGACGCUGACCACCAUUAG